CAACAGUGUGUAAUAGAAGAGUGUGUUGGAAUUUAGUGCUAAAAAUCGGUCAGACAAGUCAAAGUUAGCUGCUUUUCCGGUCGCCAGAUUGUUGUCAACAAGAUCACUCCUUUUCGAUCAAUUUCACCAAAUCAGAAACACUUUCGAAUUUUAACACUAAUUGGGCUUAUUAAUGGGCCUAAUGGAUAGGUCACUCCAGGCCUUUCCCAAAACCCUAUAGUCCCUCCCUCGGCUACAAAUAGAAGCAAGUAGAGUAGAGCGACUUCUCUCACUCGGUUUCCUGCCAAAAGAAAGAGAAAGAGCGUCGUAUUGAGAAAAUGAGUCGGAACGCAGGCAGCUCCAGCGAAAAUAGCAUUCCGUCUCCAAUGAGGAACCUAUUUCAGAAAAGUGGGAGUCAAGCAGUGUACGAGAUGUCAGAGACAAAGAAAGCUUGCGUGAUGAGAGUCGACAUGCCUGGUUGUCCCGAGUCAGAUCUCACCUACUGGGUCGACGACAACAACGUCCACUUCUUCGCCGACGAACCAGCCAUGCCCGAGUACGAAAACACCGGUCGCAAAUACGGAGGCUCCAUGGUUUUCAACCCUGAGUCUUACAACGUCAAGAAAGUUAAGGUGAAGCUUAUCAACGGAGUGCUCUGGAUCACCGUCCCUAAGAUCCCAGGCAAAAACGCCUCCAUUGAUGUCAUCGAGAGGAUCAUCCGUUACUGAUUUGGUUUGUGUCUCGUAUUAAUGGUACAUGCAUGUGUCUAGGGUUUUAGCUAGCUAGCUAGCUAGCGUCUCUAUCUAUCUAUCUAGGAACUUUGAUGCAGCUAGCUGCUUUAUGUUUAUCUUUUGUGGUUUAAGAACGCUCUUGCUUCUAAUGUCGUGAUCUCAAUAAUGAAAAAGUUGUCAGCUUUCUUUGAUUUGUUUAA